AUGACCCACCCCAGCAAAGGGAAGCGUGUGUCUCGCGCAUGUAUAUCUUGCCGGUCGAGAAAGACAAGAUGUGAUCUGGACUCUACGGGCUCACCUGGUACUCCGCCCUGCCAGCGAUGCAUUGAAGAGAAGCGCGAGUGUGUACUCGCCACCUCGCGCCGUGGCGGCCGCCGCGUGCGCAAGAAAAAGAACCUCGGUGAAGCAGGAGCCAGCGCUGCCGGUGGUGGAAGCGGCACCGCCAUCGCAGCCGGGCCGCUGCAAACGCCUGUGCGCCAGACGUCGGCCCGCGAUGGCCAUGGCAUGGAUGCAUGGCCGCAUGGUGGUGCUGCGCAGCACCAGGAUCCAUCUUGGACCGGCGACGGCUCAGCAUCUCGGACCGACGCCUCGCAGUCGGCGUCGCGCCGCAGCUCUGUCGCCCUCGAGGGCCACCUCGCCUCUGCAGACCUUCUUAACCCCUCCGAUGCGCUGGAUCUGCUUGCACAGGUGGCCGACUUGGAGCCAGGAAAUCAUGACAAAGAAUCAAUGCCGGCGCGGACAGCGAAUUCGAGGCAAGCUCCUCGCGACACCAAUCUUCGAUAUCCGCCCAUAUCCGAUGGCGCGUUGGGCUUUGCCGAUGCUGCGGCUUUGAUACAACAUUAUCACGAGAAUUUCCAUCCAUUCUUCCCAAUAGUGUACAAGUCCAUCUUUGACGGCCACAUUUCAGAAUGGAUUGAGAAGGAGCCCCAUGUACUCACGGCAGUCCUCACAGUCGCAUCAAAAGAGGAGCCCUCGUGGCAAAGGGCUCACGAAGCCUGCUCGCGGCACAUGGAAAGUCUCCUGUCGCCGCUUAUCUAUGGUGGCGUCACCACUGUCGGAGCCGUGGAGGCGCUGCUAAUCCUUGCCGAGUGGGCACCUCAACCGCCACAUGAGAUAUCAUCCAUUGGCUGCGGAAAAGAAGACUAUGGCGCCUGGAUGCUGGUCGGCGUUGCUAUUCGACUUGGCUACCUGCAGAGGAUGGAGCAGACGGGGUUGCAGGACCCUCCAGAGAGUCCGUCAGAGAGCUUUAGCCGCAAAAAGAUUGCCUGGGCUGCUUGCUACAUGAGUGAUCGCCAAGUGUCUAUCCGUCUUGGGAAGGGAUUUUGGUCCCGUGGACCUGGGCCUGCAUCGAAUCUGCGCGCUGUCGACUUUCCUUCGCUGCAAUCACAGCAGCUGGGACCGGAUAAUAUGGGCCUGCUGUUCCAGGCGCAGUUGGAACUGACCCAAUUGUUCAGCAAUGCUCAUGAUAUUUUAUACUCGUCGACGAGCCACCGCGAACAGUUGUAUGUUGGUGGUGAAUAUGUGCGGUAUAUUGACGACUUUGCCGCUGUCUUGAGGAAGUGGAAGAUGACAUGGGGAAGCUUUAGUUUUACACCUCACGUCAAAGCAUCCCUGAUCCUGUCGUACGACUUUUUACGGCUAUACAUCAAUGCAUUCGCGUUCCAGGCAACCAUGAACAGAGCCGCGGCAAAGACACGCAAAGCCAAUAAAAGCCACACCACGGGCCCGUUGUUUGCAGACCUGGCCGCGGCGCCGGACGCCCGCUUCAUCUACGAGUCGAUCGACGCUGCGAAUUCCCUUCUCAGCAUCCUGAACAGCUUCAUCGACCCAGUGGCAGGCUUGAAAUACAUGCCGCUCAAGUAUUCGCUGUUUGUAAUUUACGCAGCUGUUUUCCUCUUCAAGGCCUGGAGCGCUGGCGCGAUUAGCAACGAAGGCAUUACUGGCGUGAGGCGCGCAAUCCUUGGAACUAUUGCGCAGCUGCAAAAGACAUCCAGCAGCACGCAGAGCAUUGGUCACCGAUACGCGAGAUCGCUGCGCUUGCUGUGGAGGAAGCGAUCAAGCAAAAGGGGCCAGAAGCAUGACAACAGCCAAGCAGCUCAGCCCGCGCCAAACAUCCCGCCUGAGCAGUCACUGCCCGGACCCCAAGAAGGGUUUGACAGCGGCUUGCAAGGGGGCAUUGGACUGGAUGCGCUGAAUGGAUUUUCAUGGCGAGACUUGGACUCUCUGGGACAGUACAUUUCCAAUGACGCGUCCAUUCACACGACGGACGGCGUGUUGACCACGCCCGAGUUCGAUUCGGAGCACAGUACGAAUGCCGUUGAUGCGUUGCCUGUUGAUUUUGCGUAUCAAAAUAUGUGGAAUGGUGGUGAUAUAAUUUUCUAG